UUUCUAUUAUCUUAAAUGCUGUCCAUAUCUGCAUGAAAUUGCCCCAUAUAAUCCCUGGACACUUCACUCUUACAACUACAUUUUCGAUUGAUAAUAUCGCAAUUUGUUGACUCCCAAAUCUCCUAAUCAUUGCCAGCAGAAGAGGCACAGAGAAAUAUCAAUGGAAAGGGAACGCUUUUCAAAUUUCCAACUUCCUCCAGGAUUCAGGUUUCAUCCAUCCGACGAAGAGCUCAUCGUUCAUUACUUGAAAAACAAAGUAGCUUCACGUCCACUUCCUGCAUCCAUUAUUGCAGAAAUCGAUCUGUACAAGUACAAUCCAUGGGAGCUGCCUAAGAAGGCUUUGUUUGGAGAAGAUGAAUGGUAUUUCUUUACUCCAAGAGACAGGAAGUAUCCAAACGGAACAAGGCCAAACAGGGCUGCGGGGGCAGGUUACUGGAAGGCCACUGGUACUAAUAGACCUAUUCUCACUUCUUCUGGAUCAAAUAACAUUGGAGUCAGAAAAGCUCUAGUUUUUUACUUGGGUCGACCUCCUAAAGGAACCAAGACAGACUGGAUCAUGAAUGAGUAUAGACUGCUUGAUGCAACGGUGAAACCCUCCAGGUCAAAAGGGUCAAUGAGAUUAGAUGACUGGGUACUAUGCCGAAUUCAAAAAAAAGGCAAUGCGUCAAAGAAAACAAAUGAAGUUCAAGACGAGCAGAACAAAGAUCUGGUUAGGUACUUACAAAAUAUGGAGGAAGCAUGUCGCACAUACACCAACUAUAACAAUGACAUGAUCACUGAUUGUUUAAACAAUGGUUGUAGACUAUUAGCUUCCAUACUUGCUGGGCAAACUUUACCUCCAAUCGAAACCAUUUCAUGUAUUAGCAACCAAGGGAGCAACAAGGACAACAGUUUUACUUUGGUCUAUGAAGAUGGUAGCGAUAUGUUGAAUUCUCCAAUAACUGUUGCUUCUUUUGACAAUCAUAGCUCACUGAAGAGGAAACCUAAUGAGGAAGCUCGGUGUGAAAAUCUCCAUCCAUCCAACAAGAAGCUAGACAAUGGCAAUAGAGAUGAGGAUCUUCUACCUAGACACACACUACCCAGCAGUGAUUUGAACUACUACCACCAAAACCAGUUACAAGAAAGCUUCUACACUUCUAACACAUUUGAUCCAAUCAGCGGACUUCUUGAGCUUAAUGAGUUGGCCUUCGGUGGUAAAUAUUUACAAUGAUGAACACUUUACAGAAGCCUAUUCUUAAAAGUCAUACUGUACAACACAAAAUGUAUAUAAGGCAGCCAAGGUGGAUAGGUUUCAAGGGAGAUGGGCAAUGCAUCAACCGAAGUAGUAUUCCGUUUAUCAAGAAUAGU